AGUCCGCCAUAUUGGAUGCCGCAGCCGCUGCUGCCAGCGCUUCCUCCUCUGUCUUCGCCGAGCGGGGCUGGUUCCUGCGGCCCGAGCGGCGGGGAGUGCAGUGGCCGCCGCCUCUUCCGCCGCCGGGCUCGGGGCCUCCGCAGCGACAACAUGGAGGCCGUGAAGACCUUCAAUAGCGAGGAUUGUGCCUCUACUCCUGCUUGUACAGACUGCUUUUCCAGCAGCAUGGACACAAGAAGCAUAUUGUAUUCCCUGAAUGACUAUAAACCACCCAUUUCGAAAGCGAAAAUGACCCAAAUUACUAAGGCAGCCAUCAAAGCUAUUAAGUUCUAUAAACAUGUGGUACAGAGUGUUGAGAAGUUUAUUCAGAAAUGUAAACCAGAAUACAAAGUACCUGGACUUUAUGUUAUUGACUCCAUUGUGCGACAAUCCCGACAUCAGUUUGGUCAAGAAAAGGAUGUGUUUGCACCCAGAUUUAGUAAUAACAUCAUUAGCACUUUCCAGAAUUUAUAUCGUUGCCCUGGGGAUGACAAGAGUAAAAUAGUGAGAGUACUAAACUUAUGGCAGAAGAAUAAUGUAUUUAAGAGUGAGAUUAUUCAGCCUCUUUUGGAUAUGGCAGCCGGGAUUCCGCCUCCAGUUGUCACACCUGUUUUGGCCAGCACUACCACUGCUAUGAGCAAUACUCCAGGAACUCCUGUGACACCUGUUACUCCAGCCAAUGUGGUCCAAGGCUUACCUGAUCCAUGGGUAUCUCAGAUAACAAAUACAGAUACACUUGCGGCUGUAGCUCAGAUCUUGCAAAGUCCUCAAGGCCAGCAGCUUCAACAAUUAAUACAAACCUUACAGAUACAACAACAGAAGCCCCAGCCUUCCAUUCUGCAGGCCCUAGAUGCUGGUCUUGUUGUUCAGUUGCAAGCUCUUACGGCACAACUUACAGCUGCAGCUGCAGCUGCCAACACUCUUACUCCCUUAGAACAGGGAGUCUCCUUUAACAAGUUGAUGGAUAGGUUUGAUUUUGGGGAAGACUCUGAGCAUAGUGAAGAACCCAAAAAGGAAAUUCCAGCUUCACAACUUUCUCACGUUUCAGAAUCUGUGAACAAUUCCAUUUUUCAUCAGAUAGCAGAACAACUACAACAGCAAAACCUAGAACAUCUCAGACAGCAGCUCUUGGAGCAGCAACAGCCUCAAAAGGCCACUCCUCAGGAUAGUCAGGAAGGAACAUUUGGGUCAGAGCAUUCAGCGUCACCAUCACAAGGGAGUAGUCAGCAGCAUUUUCUUGAACCUGAAGUCAAUUUGGAUGAUUCCAUAGAUAUUCAGCAACAGGAUAUGGAUAUAGAUGAAGGGCAAGAUGGAGUGGAAGAGGAGGUCUUUGAACAAGAAGCUAAGAAAGUGGCGGUUCGCUCAAGAUCAAGAACACAUUCACGAUCUCGUUCAAGAUCACCAAGAAAACGAAGGUCUAGGUCACGGUCUGGCUCUAGAAAGCGUAAACACAGAAAGCGAUCACGAUCCCGCUCAAGAGAAAGAAAGAGGAAAUCAUCACGGUCGUAUUCAAGUGAAAGGAGAGCCAGAGAAAGGGAGAAAGAACGACAGAAAAAGGGAUUACCUCCAAUUAGAUCUAAAACACUAAGUGUAUGUAGUACUACUCUCUGGGUUGGGCAAGUGGACAAGAAGGCAACACAGCAAGACUUAACCAACCUGUUUGAAGAGUUUGGACAGAUUGAAUCCAUUAAUAUGAUUCCUCCCCGGGGCUGUGCUUAUGUCUGCAUGGUUCAUCGACAAGACGCAUUUCGAGCUCUUCAGAAACUCAGUUCUGGAUCAUAUAAAAUUGGGUCCAAGGUCAUUAAGAUUGCUUGGGCUUUAAACAAAGGUGUAAAAACAGAAUACAAACAAUUCUGGGAUGUGGAUCUUGGAGUUACGUAUAUACCAUGGGAAAAAGUUAAAGUGGAUGACUUGGAAGGUUUUGCAGAAGGAGGCAUGAUUGAUCAGGAGACUGUAAAUACUGAGUGGGAAACUGUGAAAAGCUCAGAACCUGUUAAAGAGACGGUCCAGACAACUCAGAGCCCAACUCCAGUUGAAAAGGAGACAGUGGUCACAACCCAGGCAGAGGUUUUCCCUCCUCCUGUUGCUAUGUUGCAGAUUCCAGUGGCGCCAGCCGUGCCUACAGUUAGUUUAGUCCCACCAGCAUUUCCUGUGUCGAUGCCGGUUCCUCCUCCUGGAUUCAGUCCAAUCCCUCCACCUCCUUUUUUAAGAGCAAGUUUUAACCCUUCACAACCACCACCUGGUUUCAUGCCGCCUCCAGUUCCCCCACCUGUUGUGCCACCCCCUGCGAUUCCACCAGUAGUACCAACAUCUUUAGUGCAGCCGUCAUUAUCCAUGACACCGGAAACUGUGAAAGAUGUUGGAUUUGGUAGCCUUGUUAUACCAGGCGGUUCUGUUGCCAGCAAUCUUGCUACUUCCGCUCUGCCAGCUGGAAAUGUUUUUAAUGCUCCAACUAAACAGGCAGAGCCUGAAGAAAAAGUACCUCAUCUUAUAGACCACCAGAUUUCUUCUGGUGAAAACACCAGAUCAGUGAUUCCAAAUGAUAUUUCAAGUAAUGCUGCAAUUUUAGGAGGACAGCCGCCAAAUGUGACAAGCAAUUCUGGAAUUCUGGGAGUCCAAAGACCAAAUGUAUCAAGUAAUUCUGAAAUUCUUGGGGUCCGGCCAUCUAAUGUUUCCAGUAGUUCUGGGAUUAUUGCAGCCCAACCACCAAAUAUUCUAAAUAACUCUGGAAUAUUGGGAAUACAGCCACCCAGUGUGUCAAAUAGUUCUGGACUUUUGGGAAUGCUACCCCCAAAUAUACCUAACAAUUCUGGACUUGUAGGAGUACAGCCACCAAAUGUUCCAAAUACUCCUGGACUUCUGGGAACACAGCCACCAGCUGGACCUCAAAACUUACCCCCUUUAAGUAUCCCUAAUCAAAGGAUGCCCACAAUGCCAAUGUUAGACAUUCGUCCGGGACUAAUACCACAGGCACCUGGGCCAAGAUUCCCUUUAAUACAGCCUGGAAUUCCACUCCAACGGGGAAUCCCACCCCCAUCGGUACUUGAUUCAGCUCUUCAUCCACCACCCCGUGGACCUUUUCCUCCAGGAGAUAUUUUUAGUCAACCAGAAAGACCUUUUUUAGCUCCUGGAAGACAAAGCGUAGACAAUGUUACUAACCCAGAAAAAAGGAUACCACUUGGGAAUGAUAACAUUCAACAGGAAGGAGAUAGAGAUUACCGGUUUCCUCCUAUAGAAACCAGGGAAAGCAUUAGUAGACCUCCCCCUGUGGAUGUUAGAGAUGUGGUUGGGCGGCCUAUAGAUCCAAGAGAAGGUCCUGGACGGCCUCCACUAGAUGGUAGGGAUCAUUUUGGAAGACCUCCUGUAGAUAUAAGAGAGAAUCUUGUGAGGCCAGGUAUAGAUCAUCUUGGUCGAAGAGACCACUUUGGCUUUAAUCCAGAGAAGCCCUGGGGGCAUAGAGGAGAUUUUGAUGAGAGAGAGCAUCGGGUUCUACCGGUCUAUGGUGGUCCAAAAGGCUUACAUGAAGAAAGAGGUAGAUUUCGGUCUGGAAACUAUCGAUUUGAUCCUAGAAGUGGUCCUUGGAACCGAGGAUUUGGACAAGAAGUUCACAGAGAUUUUGAUGACCGCAGAAGACCCUGGGAGAGGCAAAGGGAUAGGGAUGACAGAGAUUUUGAUUUCUGCAGAGAAAUGAAUGGAAAUCGUCUUGGACGAGACAGAAUUCAAAACACUUGGGUUCCCCCUCCUCAUGCUCGGGUUUUUGAUUAUUUUGAAGGGGCCACUUCUCAACGAAAAGGUGAUAAUGUGCCUCAGGUUAAUGGUGAAAAUACAGAGAGACAUGCUCAGCCACCACCUAUACCAGUACAGAAUGAUCCUGAACUUUAUGAAAAACUGACAUCUUCAAAUGAAAUAAACAAGGAGAAGAGUGACACAGUUGCUGAUAUAGAAAGUGAACCAGUGGUAGAAAGCACAGAAACUGAGGGGACAUAAUCAUCACUCAGUAGGUUAAUGAUGAAAUGGCAGGUAAUUCACACUUUUGGACAGAGCGCACCGCCCCCGUGGAAUCACCCUACAGAAGAGGCCAGCUAUAAAGGAUGUCUCACACCUUUAAGAUCAGUGUUUCUCAAUGUGUGGACCAUGGAUACCUGUAUUAGAAUACCCAAAGGAUUUGUUUAAAAUUCAGGCUGAGCCCUUCCCAAGACCUAAUAGAGCUAAAAGCUUUGGGAGUAGGUGGAGGAAACCUGCAUCUUUACCCAGCAAUCCAGGUAAUUUAUAUGCAUACUACAUUUUGAGACCCACUGAUGAAAGAAUUCUAAUUUUCUAUAGAGUUACUCUAGCAAGGAACCUUCUCAUUUCUCAUUUCUUAUAUAUUAGGUUAUUUCUACAUGGAACAUUUCCCAGUAGACCAUAUUAUUUAUGGUAUCUUAUUAGGUGGAAGCCAAAAGAACGUUAAAUAAUCUGCUGGUGUUUUUGGGUUAGUUUUGCACUAUUUCUCACAGUGCAAGCAAUUCUUGUUACCUAGUAAAACGGUUCCCCCUUUGAAGGGUUGAGUAUUAUUCAGAUAGCACCCCAGCCUGUGGUGUAUGUGUUUAAUCUGUCAAAUCUCAUUAAAUUUUUCUUCUAUAAGAAUGCUAAUGAUACCAAUUUCUAGAAUUAAAUGAUUUCUACUCUGCCUGUUGGACUGCAAAUUUGAAAUCCCCUAUAAUAAUUAGACCCCAACUUAGAGUAUAUUAUAAUGACCAUUGAACCUAUAUCUAAAAAUUCUAGUAACUUAACUAUCCAGUCUUAAAAAAAAAAUUAAAACAGGAAUUCCAAAACAAUCUCAGAAGUUAGAAUAGGUGAAGUUAGCCUAUUUUAGAUGUGUGCAGGGAUGGCAGUGGGGGGGAAAGAUGGAUUACUAAGUAUCAUUUAUUUCUUGCUGGGUAAAAAUUCAAAUACAAGACCUUAUAGCUGCCUUUUUAUUACACUUGUCUUCCUUUUAGCUUUAUUGGGCUUUGGUUGGUACAUAUGUGAUUAAAUUUAGACUAUUAUUGUAUUUGACUGACAAACACUUAAAAAUGAGUUUGUUCAUAUUCAUUUUAGGUGGAGUUAGAAAUGGAACCUAAAUUGUAACAUAUAAUACAGCAUGCUGCUUUUCGUUCUGGUUUUAUGGUAACAUUGAAACUAAAAUGUUUCUUUCUAAUGUGUCCAUCCUGACUGCCAUCCUUAAACUAGAGCCUCUUGUCUGCUAUCUGAAAAGAGCAACAGCAGGAAGGAAGCAAUUGAUUUAUACACAUUUGAAUUAGUCUUUAAAGCCCAAGGCCUGUGUUUGUUCAAGAAGAGACAGAAGCAGCAGUAAUGCGCUGUGCAUCAGGUGGAUUAGUUGCAAAUGUGCAAGCUAUCAUCUUUCUAAGAAAAGCAUUUUAACAAGGCAAAUUUGUGCCUAGCUCUUCUUUUUUUUCUGUAUAUCUGUUGUGUUGAUUUUUAAUUUGGAUUGUUUUCCACUGGCUUUAAAAAUGCAAGUCUUUUUCAAAGAAAGGAGAAAGCAUUUUGUAGCCAGUAGUAUUUCAAGAUUCCGUCAUAAUGUACAUUGAUUAUACAUCAAACUAUAUAUAGUGUAGUUAGCUGGAUGUAGACUGUGUAGCUUUGUAGUUUGCAACUUAGUUGUAUAUUUAAAUGAGAAACAAGUGACUAACUGGAUCCCAUCAAGGUGGGUGUUAAGUACAGCCUCAGCCAUAAAAGACUUAAUCAGGCCGGGUGCAGUGGCUCAUGCCUAUAAUCCCAGCACUUUGGGAGGCCGAGGCAGGUGGAUCACCUGAGGUCAGGAGUUCGAGACCAGCCUGACCAACAUGGAGAAACCCCGUCUCUACUAAAAAUACAAAAUUAGGCGGGCGUGAUGGUGCAUGCCUGUAAUCCCAGCUGAGGCAGGAGAAUCGCUUGAACCAGGAGGCGAGGUUGCGGUGAUCCAAAAUCACGCCAUUGCACUCCAGCCUGGGCAACAAGAGCGAAACUCCCUCUUAAAAAAAAAAAGACCUAAUCAAUACGUUUCCAAGGAGAAAGCGGGAUUUUGAAAUUCCUACUAGCUGCCAAAAGACAAAAUGUUCCUGACACAGCUUUACUACCAAGUG